AUGCAAUAAAAUUAAGAUUACAAAUAAUUUGAGGUUAAAGAAAAUAAUAAAUAACAAAGAAAAUAAAAAGAGGAUAGUUAAAAUACUAUUUAAAAAUGUAAAAAAUAAUCAAAGCUUUGUUAGACAUUAGAAUCAAAUGAAUCGAGUUUUAAUUAUUAGAUAAUUAAUGAAGAGGAAAAGAAAGAAAAUUAUUUAAAAUUAUGUUUCGAUGACGAAUAUACAAUUAAUAAAAAUUAAAAAAAAUUAAAUAAAGAAAAAAUGAUACCAAGUAGAAACAAUGAAUUGAAUCAAAUAAAAGAAAAGAAAAUAUAAUAAACCAAUAAAUAAGAACCUAAGAAUUAAAUGAUGGAUGAUUCUAAAAACUAAGAAAAUAUUGAGAAACAGAUAUUAAUAAAAUAAUAAUCAAAAGAAAACUAAAUAAAUAUUUAAGAGCUUAAGUCUAAUGAUAAUUGUGAAAAAAAAUUGCAAGAAUAAAAUGAUUUAUAUUAAAACACAAAAAUUUUGGAGUUAAAAUAAUAAUCGUUAGAGAUAAUAAAAAAGUUUUUAGAUAAUAAAGUAUUAUUGGAAUACAGUAAAAAAAAAGAAAAUCUUUCACAAUAAAAACAUUAAGAAUCUAGAGAUUUUGUAAUCUUUAAUCCUUUAAGUUCAAUGAAAGAUUAAUAAAUUAACCAAAAUGAUAAAUAAAAUGAUUCUAAUAAAUUAAAUUCAGAAUAAAAGCAAGAAAUUUUAAACUAUGACAAUUCUUAAGGACAAAAAGAUUAUUAAAAUUUUGAUUAAUUUGAUUAAAAAUAAUUAAAUAUUGAAAAUUCUUUGGAAAAAAUGGAUAUCAGCCAAUGUUCAGAUAAAAAAUGUGAAUCAAUUUAGGGCUUUUAAAAUUAUGAAGGAGAGUGUGCUCUAUCAUAAAUUUUAUUUUAAGGUCAUCAUAUAAAUAUGAAUGUCAAAGAAAAUUAAAAAGCUGCUUUUGUUGAGAUGAUUAGAAUAAAACUUGAAGAGAAAGGCUUGGAAAUAACCAAAUUUAUAAAUUCAGGAGGUGAAGCUGAUAUUUUAGAAUGCAGAAGUAAAGAUGGCAUAUUUGUAUUAAGAUUCCUUUUUUAUAAAAAUGAGAAAAAUAAAGAAGAAAUAGAAAAAGAAUAUAAAAUUAUAUCAUCUAUUAAAAAAUAAUUUAACUUAACAAGUUAAAAAGAUAAAAUAGAUAUUCCAGAUAGUAAUUUAAUAAUAAUAUUAACCGAUUUUUACUAAUAAUCUCUCCAUGAAUAUUUAACUAACUCAUUAAAUAAAUUUGAUCAGGAUACUUUUGUUUCAUUUAUAUAUGAUAUGAUUUUUGGAUUAAUAGAACUUCGUUAUUACAACAUAUAGCACUUUGAUAUUAAACCAGCAAAUAUACUUUUAGAUACAAACUUGAAAUUAUAUUUUAAUGAUUUUGGUCUAUCUAAUAAAUUAAAAUAUGGAGAAUCCUUUGUUCCAUUAGGACAUACAAGUGCUUUUAGCCCUUAAGAAUAAUAAGAUUAUUAAUAAAUUGAUAAUUAUCAGAGCGAUAUAUUUUCAUUAGGAAAAACGUUUGAAGUAGUAAUGAAAGCAUUUUCUAAAUAAAACAUCAAUUUAUAUAAUUAACAGUAGAAAUUUUUUGAUAAUUUUAAAAAUCUAAUUGUGCUGAUGACAAAAAAAGAACCUUAAGAUAGAAUUAAAUGUGAUGAAUUAUUGUUAAGAUUUACUGGCUUUCUUAGAGAUUUUAACGUUUAAUAAAAUACAUUCUCUAAGGAGGCUUAAAAAGUAAAGCUAAUUUUAUAAUAUAUAUAAGACUAAGUUCAAAUAAUUGAUAAAGAUCAAGAGUUUAUUAAAGAUGUACUUUACUCAUACUCAUUUGUUUAGUUAAAAUUGAAUUUAUUCUUUUAUGAUAUAAAUUUCUCAUAAGAUAUAGAUCUAGAUAAUGAAGACAGUUUAAUAAAUAUUUUGUCUUAGAAUCCAAAUAAAGUCUUCUUAUUUGGCUUGUACUGUAUCGGUUUUGCUUAUUAUAUCCAAUCAAAAUAUUAUUAAUCUGCAAAGAUUUUAAAUACUUGCUUUUAAAUUGGUAUAUAGCUUUAGGAAGAUUUUAAUUUUUUAAUAGAUUUGGCUAAUGCUAUCGGAGCAUGCUACAUAAACCUUGGGUUAUAUAAAGAGGCUUAUGAUUUGUAUAAAGCUUCAAUCAAGUAGCUGGACAAAAUUAAUGAUAAGCUAUUACUUCCUGUAGUAUGCUAAAUUUGCAGUAACUUUGCAGAGUGUUUACUUACAGCAGGUAAGCUUGAUGAAGCUGAAAAAUUAUACAAUUAGAGUAUAAAAAUAUUUAAAGAAUUAAAUGAUACAUCAAGCUAUUAUUACAGUCAAAUCUUAAAUAACAUUGCAACUUAUUAAAAUGAUUAAAAAAAAUAUCAAGAUGCACUAUAAAACUAUACAUAAUGUUUAUAAGUAAAAAGAAAUUUAUUAAAGAAUGAUAUUCAUCCUAGCAUUGCAAUAACUCUCCAUAAUAUUGGAACAUUUUAUACAGAAUUAUUUUCACUAUCUUAAAAUGAAAAUAUUGAUGAGGAAGAAUUAAAUAAAUUUCUAAAAUAAGCUUCAGAAUAGAAUAAUGGGUUUCCAUAAUAACCAAUAAAAAUAGAAAAUUUAAGCUAAUUGUAAUUAUAUUUUUACAAUUUAGCACAUGUAAAUAUAUAACAAUCUAUUGACAUAAUGAAAUAAAUUUAUAUUAAAAAGAGUUACUACCUUCUUUCUAAAUUUUAGAAUAGCUUAGCAACACUAUAUAUGGCAAAAGGAGAAUAUGAAUAAGCAUUAAAUUAAAUGAAUGAGGUGCUUUAAAUGAACGAAUUAAUAUAAGAUCCUUACUAAACUGCUUUAAUUUCUUUUAAUUUAGCUGAUAUGUACCUCUAGAUAUAGUAAUAUGAAAAUGCAAAGAAAUAUUGUUUAUAAGCAAUUAAUAUUUUAUAAUAAAACGAUAUGCUUAAUUGUGAAAUUUAUUCUGUUGCAUUAAAUAGCUAUGGAAAAAUACUUGAAAUACUAAAAAGCAAUGAAGCAAUCGAUUACCUGAUAAAAGCAGUAGAAAUAAAGGAAAAAUAUAAAAAUAACUAGAGUAGUUACGAAUUGGACGAGUUCAUAUAAGAUGUAAUCGAAUAUUCUGACAAAUUAGAUUAAAGUUAAAUAAAAUCUUAUUAUGAAAAACUUGACUUCUUUGCAGAAUUCCUAAAAAAAAUUUAAUCUAAUUUAAAACUAUCAGAUAAAGUUAUGAAAAUUAUCAUUUAAAUGAAUGAUGAGGAAUAUGAUAUUUUAUAUUAAAAAUUCAGUGAAGAAUAAAAAAAGUACCUUCAAUAAUUUCUUUUAGGCCCUAAAUGA